AUGGACUGCGGUGGCAGAAGUGGUGGCCGGCGGCUAAAGGACCGCCUCACCCAGCUGCUCCUCCGCCCGGCCAACACGUUCCUCCGCUCCCCAUGCAGCUCAUCCUCGUCCACCUCCACGGUUUUCACAGCCACAGCCGCCGCCGCCACAACGAUAUCUAUCUCUUCCACUUCCAGUUCCACCACCGCAGCCAACUACACCAGUGCCGCCCCCCUUUCCCGCUCCGAGCCUUUCUCAGCCGCUCUCGGCCGCCUCCGCCGCCCUCCUCACGAGACCGAGAGCAUGCGCAGCAACAAGGAGCAGAGGAACACCUCCUCCCGCCACAGCGGUCGGCGGCACUUCAACAACGCCGUCGACAAAGGCGGCGUCCGGACGCUCUCGUCCAACCCCUACGGCUUCACCUCUUCUGGCGAGGAAGACGAUGACACCGACGGUUACGGCGACGACGACGACACAGAGACUUUCUUGUCCUCAAGAAGCCUAAUUUCCUCCGACUCCUCUGGCUUCUACGCGUACAGGAAGCUGCUGCAGCCGCCGUCCAAGAACAAGAGUCACCUCCGCCGCCAGAGGAGGCGGCGGCGUUGCUGUCGGCAGCCAUCGGCAAGCUGCUUAGAGACGUGCGGCGCUGGCGCCGUGAGGGAGCCGGGGUUCCGUCCUCUGGUGGCCAUGGAAACAGCGACGGCCACCGCUGCGGCGGUGGAGCAGGUACGGAAGGGGCUGGCGGUGGUGAAGCGGUCACGGGACCCAUACGGCGACUUCCGGGAGUCGAUGGUGGAGAUGAUCAUGGAGCGUCAGGUGUUCGGCGCGGCGGAGCUGGAGCGGCUGCUGCGGUCGUACCUGUCGCUCAACGCGCCGCGAUUCCACGCUGUCAUCCUCCAGGCGUUCUCCGACGUCUGGGUCGUCCUCCACGGCGGCUAG